AUAUAAACCAUACAUACCUUGAUGCUUGGUCUGUUGUUCUUGCACCUUGCAGUCCGACUUUAUUUAUUUUAGAAAAUUUACGUAGUUUUAAUCGUAAAAUGUGAAUAAGUGUCACAUAUUCAAUUGAUAGAUCUGUUUAUUAUUUAAAAAUGUCGUCAAAUAGUACGGAUUCAUUCAAGAAGUCGACGGAGUCAGAAAGUGGAUCCAACAAUGCUCACAAUAAUCAAUCGGAAUCUCAAAAGUCAGGGGAUAAUUCAGACAGAAACAAGUCGAAUAAAACCUCUAAUGAAUCUCAAGGGAACUGUUACUGCGGGAAGGAUCGAAAUCUAAACAUAGCAGAGUUGCUGUGUGCUUCUUGCAAUCGGUGGUUUCACGAAUCAUGCAUUGGUUAUCAGCUUGGCAAAUUGGUACCAUUCAUGACAAACUAUUUGUUUAUUUGCAAGAACUGCUCUCCGACUGGACUGGAAACAUUUAAGAAGAAUCAGGCUCCAUUCCCGCAGAUGUGUUUGACAGCCAUUGCAAACUUGCGGCAGGAGUCAGCGAAGGAAGGCACUAACAGACUCCUGUUCAGCAAGGAUCGGGAGAUCAUACCAUACAUAGACCAGUACUGGGAAGCUAUGACCACCAUGCCAAGAAGAGUGACCCAAUCCUGGUAUGCAACAGUUCAGAGAGCACUCAUUAAAGACAUCCAAGUUCUGUUCACUUAUGAAGAAGACGCUAACCAAGGGCCUAUGUUUGGCUUGUUUAAUAUGGAACUAACAGCUAUCAAGCCCAAUUACGAAGCCAUGAUCAAGCAAGGACAGUUAAAAGUUACCGAUAUGGGAAUAGCUACAAUUCCAUUGGCAGGUAAUGUAAAGGGUAGACAGGGGAAGCGUCGGCCGCCUGUGGGCGGGGCGGCUGACGCAGGCGCUCCGGUCGGUAAGAAGGGGCGUACCGCCGACUUAGGCGCGUUGAAGCUCCCUUCACAUGGGUACCCCACAGAACAUCCUUUCAACAAGGAUGGUUACCGUUACAUACUGGCUGAACCUGAUCCACAUGCACCUUUUAGACAGGAGUUCGAUGAGAGCAACGAAUGGAGUGGUAAACCGAUCCCCGGUUGGUUGUACCGGUCCUUGUGUCCUGGUAUAGUACUACUAGCACUGCAUGACCGCGCGCCGCAACUCAAGAUAUCCGAGGACCGACUCGCGGUCACUGGGGAUAAAGGUUACUGCAUGGUGCGAGCGACACAUGGUGUAUCCCGCGGCAGUUGGUACUGGGAGGUGUGCGUGGAGGAGAUGCCGGAGGGCGCGGCGACCCGCCUGGGCUGGGGGCGGCGCUACGCCAACCUGCAGGCGCCGCUGGGGUACGACAAGUUCGGGUAUUCCUGGCGCAGUCGGAAGGGGACCAGGUUCCACGAGUCUCGCGGCAAGCACUACAGUAAUGGGUACGCCGAGGGCGACACGCUAGGCUUUCUUAUCGUAUUGCCAGAGAGUGCCACCACUAAGUAUACGCCCAAUACUUAUAAAGACAGGCCACUAGUAAAGUUCAAAAGCCAUCUCUAUUAUGAAGACAAGGAUAACAUACAAGAAUCUCUAAACAAUCUCAAACCUCUACCUGGGAGUAAGAUCUAUUACUUCAAGAAUGGGGAAUGUCAGGGCGAAGCAUUCCUAGAUAUUUACGAAGGCUGCUACUAUCCUACUGUGUCGCUGCAUAAGAAUGUGACAGUGAGCGUGAACUUUGGGCCUAAUUUUAAACAUGCACCGUCUGGCGAGUUUAAUUAUAGACCGAUGUCGGAAAAAGCAGAAGAAGCGAUCUGCGAGCAGACCAUGGCAGACUUACUCUACCUGACUGAAAAUGAGGGCAAGCUACGAUUGGAUAAUUUCAACCUCUGAUACAACUAACACCGUUAAUCGCGGUGUGAAAUGAAUGAAUGAAACGAGUGCAGUGCAAGUGAUCAAAGUGAACUAUUUGAAAUCCACUGUACAACAUUGUACUCCAAGACAAUACUAAUUAAUAUAAAAAUAUAAAUCAUUAAUUGUAAUCAGUAUUUAAGGCCCAAUUUUUGCUAGCUUUUGCAAUUGUAAAAUUAGGCCUCUAACAUUUUAAAAUUCUUUAGAAAAAUAAUGUAAAUCAAGAAACAAAAUUAUUGAACAAAAUAUUGAUCAAAAUUAUUGAACAAAAUAUUGAUCAAAAAUGCUUAGAAGAUAAAUCUUUAAUAUUAUACAAUUUAUCUGAUUAUAUCAAUUUUAAAAUGUGCAGUACAGUAUUUGCUGCGUGCAUUUGCGUGAUAGAGAAAUAAAUUGGUUAAAAAUCUUAUGGCCAUUUUCACCAAUCACCCCUAAACUGUCACUUAGCGUGACGUCGCACUUAAACUAACCCCUUACUUGUACUGUUGCUGUAGAUGUCACGAAUGUUUUGUUCGCAUUACGCUAGCAUUUUAGUCCAGUAGCGAGUACAUAGUAGCUCUCUUAUGCUUCUGUCCCAAAAUCGAAGCGAGAGAGAGUUACUAUACUAGCGUAGUGCUAACAAGGCAUUAUAUUUAGUUCAACGAAAACAAAAUUGUUGGGGAUUUCUUUAAAUUAGGGAAAGAUUGGCGAAAAUGGGCAUUAGAGGCCAUUAAAAUAACUGUGUAUCCAACAUGCAUAGAUAUAUCGAAUUUUAAUAUUUUAAAUCAUUCUUGAAAUAUUGUUUAACCUUUAAAAGUACAUGAUGUACAGUUUUCAAAUAAUAUCAUUGUUGUUAAUUUAAGUGUGUUUUGUACUGUACGAAACUAAGUGUGUAUGAUAAGUUUUACAUGGAAUAAUGUUGUAUUAAAUGAGUAUUACAUAAUUGCAUUAAUAUUUGUAUGGAAAUGUUGUCUAUGAUAAUAAUAUUGAUCUGCUGAAAGUCCAAUUAGAAUUAUAAGAAAUGGUAUUAAGAAUAAAGCUUUUGUCGUCAUUA